AUGAAGGUAACAAGCAUCUUUCUGCUCAGUGUUUUGGUCCUGUUCAGUUUAUCCGAUAACACUAAAGCUAACUGCCUGGGAAGAGAGGCUAUAUGUACCAAUGAUGUUAGUGGAUGCACCAAGAUCUAUAACCCUGUAUGUGGGACUGAUGGAAAUACUUAUUCCACUGAAUGCAUGCUAUGUAUGGAAAAUAAGUGAGUAUAAACUUGAAUUUUUUAAAAAAAUAUGUAUUUUAAGCUACUUGUCUUCAAACUUUUAUAUAUCUAAUGACU